ACAAAUAACACUUCAAUAGAGAGUAGAGACCAAGAGGCAAUCAAAACGAUAUCAACCCUGUGGGCUGUGCCAGCGUUGGCCCAUGGCAUUAGAUGGCCAACAAUCAGCAGCGAUUGGGCCUUUGAGCUAGAACAAGGAGGGAAAGAUUGGGCUUUCUCGAUCCACACAUUAUAGGCUUUGAGCCCCUUGAUUCUCAACGAACAAUAAGAGGACACGCUUCUCUCGAUUUAUCCAUGAAAAGAAAACGCAGCAAAAUAUCUCUAUGGCUUCAUUCAGCAUCUCCUCCUCCGCGGGAAAUCGAAUCUUCCCUAUCCAUUUUCCAGAACUUCAGGCCGUAAGUUACCUUUCUGCCCUUCCUCUUUCCCCGUGAGUUUCACUCCUCCACCGCGUACCCCAAGGUUAUUCCGGGUAAUUGGAAAAUCCCUGAAACUGAAUUACUGAAAUGAGAAAUCCCUUUGUUUCUGUUUUCAGUUUUAAGAUUUAUCCCACGCCCAAAAAUAGUCGAGUUCCCUCGCGCGCGGCCGCAGAUCCCGCCGCUAUUUAUUUAAUAAUCAUUGGUUUUGAGUUCAUCAGAAUCCCGAUCGCCGGUGAACGGGGGGGCGGAGGGCUAACGGGAUGAAUGCGGUGAAUCUCAAAUUGUGUGCUGAUUUUGGGGUCGGCGGCGCGAGGGCGAGGAGGAGUUGUUUCCCCGUUCGGAGCUCUGAAUUGGAGAGAAGGCCGCAAUCGCUGAGCUUAGGGUUUUCAGCCGGUGCCCGGAGCUGUCGCAUUGUGGCAUGCUCCGCCGAGCGUGAUAGCAAUGGCGGCGGCGGCGGAGGAGAAACGAGCUCGUCGUCUUCUUCUUCGAGUUCGGAGGCGGCCGGAUCUUCAACGAAAUCUUCCCUGUCGCGGAGUGAGACUUACGCUAUGCUCAAGCAGCAGAUGGUGGUUGCCGCACAAGCAGAGGACUACAAGGAGGCUGCGAGAAUCCGCGAUUCUUUGAAAAUCUUCGAGGAAGAGGAGCCGCUUCUUCGGCUCCGUCAGCAAUUGAAGGACGCAAUCCAGGAAGAACGUUUCGAGGAUGCAACUAAGUACCGUGAUGAGCUUAACCAACUUGCCCCGCAUUCUCUCUUGAAAUGUUCAAGCGAUACCACCACCCUGGGGAUAAGAGUUCAAGUUAGGAGUGUGUACAUUGAGACUCGUAGUCAGCCAUUGAAGGGGCAGUACUUCUUUGCAUACAGAAUAAGAAUCACUAAUAACUCGGACCGUCCAGUUCAACUUCUCAGAAGGCAUUGGAUCAUCACCGAUGCAAACGCCAAGACUGAGAAUGUUUGGGGAAUCGGGGUAAUUGGUGAGCAGCCGGUAAUACUUCCCAAGACGGGAUUUGAAUACUCUUCUGCCUGCCCGCUAUCAACCCCAAAUGGUCGUAUGGAAGGUGACUUUGAGAUGAAGCAUAUAGACCAAGUAGGGUCACCGUCCUUCAAUGUGGCUAUCGCGCCAUUUUCUCUAUCAACGAUGGGGGAAGAAAGUGAUAUUGUAUGAAAUGCGAGGCUGUGAUUUAUGGAAGCGAAUAUCAGCAUGUUUGUUGUUCAUCACCAAGUUUGCAUCGUCAAAUUGAAGGGUCGAAUCCCGACUCGUGAGUUCCUUGUGCCGUUGUUUCGGGGGGGUGAUCUCUCCAGUUUCUCGGUAGUAAUCAAGGGAAGAAAGCGCAUAGCAACCGUUGUAACAUAUGUAUGUAUAAUUCUCCACAGUUCUUGGUAAGGAGGACUUCUGGGAAGUUGUAUGUGUUUCACUUGUGUAAACUACCUGGCAUCCAUGGCCGUACAAACGGUACAAUGAACACAAUCUCUAUGUGCUUGAAACAACAUUUCUUUGUUGAGAGGUGUUGUAGCUGUAUUUGAGAAUAUACUGAAUAUCAUAAUGAAUUCACUAUUGUUUAGAAGAUGCAGAUACCGUACCAAAAUAUUUUGGGAUUUGGGAUUGAGAUUGUGAUGAUUGGAAUUAAAAUUAUUUGCAAGGAAUUUUCACCCCUAACCAUGGGGGCAUUAAAGCAUCUUCAAGAGGGAAGAGAAGGCAGCCAUGUAUUUUGGCUCCUUCCGUUUAGGUGCAUGGACACAUCUAUGUAUCUUACAAGUCCCAUCUCACCAAACUUGUGCUAGCACCCACCACCUAGACAACAAGACACAUUUUGUCCUCGUUCCAUCCCAACAUCUAAACUUCAAUUUUGCCUCUUCUUACUCUUUUUUUUUUUUUAAUCCCUUUAUUUCUUUGAACAUAUUUUUUUGAAUGCAUAUCGAUGGACCAUAAGGAGAAUCUAGUUGAAGUUUGUGUCUUUUAAUUUCCACGGAAUCCUUUCCUUUUUUCUCUUAGCCAUGAAAAUAGAAAAUAAUAAUGGCCAACCCACUUACUGGCUCACUCCACACAGCUGGGUAGGAUUGGCAAUGGGCUGGUCCGGCGCGAGUUUUUUUGGUACUCAGACCCGUCUCGUGGCAGGUCGAGUAAUUUAUCACAGGUUGUGAGUCGGGGUAGGUCGACCCAAUGAGUAUGUAAUUUAUAUGAAUAACAUUAGAAAUAUUCGUUAUUUUUAUUAUAAGACCAAGAAAACAAAACAAGUUAAAUUAUUAGAGUGAGGUUUUCACUAAUUUACAACUUUAUUAUAGCUAAAUUAUAAUGUAAUAAAAGAAAAUUUCUAAGUAAUUUGAUUAAGAUUACAUGUAAUUUAGCCAAUAAUGGGUCGAGAAUGGGGCGGGUCAGGGCAGGUUGGGUCGAUGAGAGUAACCAUUCCCGUCCCGCCCUGCCUACGGGCGAAUCGAAUUCGCCCAAAACAAGCCAAGCAAAUGGAUAAAACGAGUCAGGUCGAAAUUGUCAUCUCUACUACUGGGAGUAUAGUCGCAGCUAAUCCUAGAAAAAGAAAAUUGUACCCAAAAUUACUAGAGACAAAAUGCCACAUUUUAAAUAAAGAAAGUUGCUCCGA